AAUUGUGUAAUUGCCUUGCAAAUUUUGGCGCGGAUAGUUAAGAAUGUGCGGGAAAUUAAUAAUGUGCGAUUAAAAUUAAAAUAAAAACAAUUAUAUCGAAACAAAAACAACUAUGCAGGCAGCCAAGCGUGUGCUAUCACCCAGCAAAGUUGAAAAUGUGCCGGGAUCCUGCAAGCGCUACAAAAACCAAAAUGUUCUGAACGUCCAGCCGGCAUUGCCAACUGAGCUGGAGAACUAUGACUUUUUGCUGGACGACGACAACGACUUCGAUGUGAGUGCACUGGAUGCUGCAAUAACUGCAAAGAAGAUUGAUCUGAGCUGCUGGCAGCGCUGUGUGGUGCGCGUUGUGGAGCGUAUGCCCAAAACGCACGAUCUUUUGUUGCACUUGCGCAGUGAAGGGGAUGAGACUGCGAACGGAGCAACCGCUGUUUGCCAUCUGCAGGCACCUUGGAACCAGACGCCUGUCCAGCCAGGUGAUUUGCUGUCACUCAAGGCGCACUGGCAGCCCGCGUUGGGUGCCUACGUGGUUAACAAGGAGCACGGCUUCUGUGUGAUUCACCCGGAUCUGCUAAUAUCGAGUACUUCUGUGACGGGCUCGCUUUUCUGCCGCCGCAAAGCGGUGCUGCAGGAUCGUUUUCGCGGUGUCGAUGCAGCCAACGCGGUGAUGAUCAUUGGCACUCUGGUGCACGAGUUGCUGCAGACGGUAUUGUCAAAACGGCUGCGGGCCAAGGCACAGGUAACGGAUGCACUGCAUGAAAUGCUGCGCAGCGCUUCACUUGCCCAGCUGCUCUACGCCGGCCAGCUAAGCCGUGCCGAGAUCGAGUUGCAACUGUAUAAAUUUGUGGAGCCAAUUGUCGCCUUCGUUGAGCAGUAUGUGGAGGGCAAAAUGCCUUCAGUGCAGCCGCCGGAAAUGUAUACGGGCCGGAUUGAGGAAAUACACGAUAUUGAGGAAAAUCUGUGGGUGCCGCAGUUGGGGCUCAAAGGCAAGGUCGAUGUGUCGGUGCGCGUGCGCAACAAGAAGCUGCCGAUUCCAUUAGAGCUGAAAACUGGGCGCGCUAGUUUUUCGAUGGAACACAAAGGCCAACUGCUGCUCUAUCAGCUGAUGCACUCGGCUCUAGGCCAGGAGACGCGCUGCGGCCUGCUACUGUAUCUGCGCGAGGGCAUUGUGCGUGAGGUGCCCGAAGGUCGCAACGAGCAACGUGAUCUCGUGCUGCUGCGAAACGAUCUGGCGCAUUAUCUAACGCGCGAAGCCCAGCUGCCAGCGGCCAAGCAAUCCAUAUCGUUGAGCGAAAAGCCUGGCAAGCUGUUGCAGCCUUUUGAGCUGCCCGAGCCCAUUUCACAUCACAGUGCCUGCGGCAACUGCGCCUAUGCAACGAUAUGCUGCAGCUUUGCCAGCACGGAUGCUCAGCUGCAGUUGAGCGAAUCGCAUCCGCUGCGGCGCCUAAUGCCGCAAGUCCUGGAGCAUCUUGGCCAAUCGGACUAUGAGUAUGUGCUGCAUUGGUGUGGCCUGUUGGCUCUAGAGGAGCAGCAAGCACGUCAAUCGCAUCAGCUUCGUGCCCUUUGGACUGAUACACCUGCCAAACGGCAGCAGCAGGGACGCGCAAUCCAGCAGCUGCAGCUGCCCAAGGAUCAUCAGACACACCUAGUGGAUGGACGCUAUGAACAGAAGCUAGUGCUGUCAGCGCAAGCGGAUAAGGAAAUCAAUUUAACACUCUGCGGCUUUGAGCUGGGCGAGUAUGUUAUCGUCAGUAGUACCUCGCGCCUGGCCAUAGCCGCCGGAUACAUAACAGCACUGGAGACGCGCAGCCUAUGUGUACAAUUGGAGCGUGAUCUUGGCCGGCGUUAUCCGCUAGAGAGCUUUAUUGUGGACAAGCACGAAUCUCAGAGCUUUGCCAGCUUCAAUUACACCAAUCUGGCGCAGCUCCUAGCGCCCAGUGAACGUGCCGCUCAGCUCCGCUCCAUUGUGGUGGCCCAAACGCCGCCAAUGCAGCACAAGAUGCUGCCUCGCGUCAUCGGCAGCAAAGGUGGUCCCAUAUUGCGUCCAUUGAACAAGGUGCAGCAGAUGGCCGCCCUGCGUGCCCUCACCACCAAUACACAUUUGUUGAUCAAGGGCCUGCCCGGUACAGGCAAAACCGAGACACUGGUGGCCAUUGUUCGUCUGCUGCAUUUGAUGGAGCGCAGUGUGUUAAUCACAGCCCAAACGCACUCUGCCGUAGACAAUCUGCUGCUGCGUCUGCUGCCAUAUAAUCUGCCUCUGUUGCGACUGGGCAAUAGCGCUAGAGUUCAUCCGCAAUUGCACGACAUUAGCGAGGCACAUUUGACGGCUGCCUGCGAAACUGUUGAACAGUUGACGGAAACCCUGCAGAAACCAAGCAUUGUGGGCGUCACUUGCCUUGGCGCUGGCCACGCAUUGUUCCAGCAGCGGCAGUUUGACUAUUGCAUUGUGGAUGAGGCCACGCAGGUGCUGCAGCCCACGGUUCUGCGUGCGUUGAGCCACUGCAGCCGUUUCAUACUUGUUGGUGACCCGGAACAGCUGCCACCCAUAGUGCGGAACCGUGAGGCGCGUUUGCGCGGCGCCGAUGAGACGCUGUUCCAGCGUCUGGACUGUGAGGCAGCCACGGCGGUGCUGACACUGCAGUAUCGCAUGAAUCGUACCAUUACACGCCUGGCCAAUCAGUUGACCUAUGGCGAGGCGCUGCAGUGUGCCAAUGACAGUGUCGAAAACGCUAAGUUGCAGCUGGAGCCACCAACGGAAGCCUGCCUUUGGGUACAUCGUACGCUGCAAACUCAUUUAGAGCAGUCAGUGUUUCUGUUGGACACAUCCGACUGCGCACAACGCUGUCAGGAUUAUGCAGAAUGCUCCACACAGCUGGGCACUACCUCUGCUACCAUCGAACAGCACUAUGGCGAAGCUGAGGAGCAAACAACGCAACCAUCCGAAACACAGCCUGGUCGCUCUCGGCGUGCGCCCAAGUAUAGCAACUAUUGCGAGGCGGCCAUUGUGUUGCAUUUGCUGCGUCAGCUACUGAAAGCGGAUUACGAUGCAUCACGCAUUGGUGUCAUUGCGCCGUAUCGCGCUCAGGUCGAGCUUCUGCGCAAGCUGGGCGAGCACAUGACCGGUGUGGAGUUCAAUACGGUGGACCAGUAUCAGGGACGCGAUAAAAACCUCAUUAUCUAUAGUUGUACAAAAACAGGCGGCACAGCUGCCGAACUGUCUAUGGAACGGUCACGUGAGGCUGAAAUCCUAGAGGAUCAGCGUCGUUUGACCGUUGCCAUAACGCGUGCCAAACACAAAUUAAUUUUACUUGGGGAUGUCAAUUGCUUGGAACGCUAUACGCCUUUUAAGUCUCUUUUCAAUCACAUUCCCGAACGCUGUCGGCUGCACUUGACCGAUGGCCGCAUGGGAUUCAGCUGGCAGAAGCUGCUCCACGAGUUGGAAAAGCCCAAAGUUGGCACGUAAGUGAAUAUAUUCAUUUAUUUGUAUUAAACAUGGGUUAGGAAAUUUUUAAUUCUGUAAUUAAUUCAUCGUAACUAAAGCUUCUUAGAUUUGAGUCAACAUUAGAUCACGUAUAUUUGGCUCUUGUCUGAAGAUUAUGUUCAUCGAAAUAUCUGUACCAAAACUUGGCAUUUAUUUAAUCCCCACCUACAAACAAAUUCUUUUUAAUAUCCAGCCACUAUAUCAUCCAGCUGCUGUGGGAAUGUUAGUCCGCAAAUUAAGUGUAAACAACUAUCUUUUGGUUCAUAAAAAUAGCUUUGUCGAACUCAGCUCGGCGUUUCACUAUGUUCCUUCCCUAUAGGCAAAGUCUUAUUAACACUGUGUCCUACAUUUAUGCACUGCCAUUGCAUUAUGCGAUGGUAUUUUUGGCUUUUUGGCACCUUACUGUCGUUUUAAAGUUACCCCAAGACUUUUGAAUAAUUGUAAAAAUAUUAAUCAAAUCAAAUUAUUAUUGAUAAAAACAUGUAUGCUAUCGUUGAACCGCUGAA